UCUCAUAGGCGGCUACGGGCGAGUUGAGCAGAGCCGUAGUGGACCCGGGUACGCAUCGGGAAGUAUCUCAGGGGGUGCCUCGGCGUCCGCAGUCACCGAUACGGCGUAGUGGUUUCAUACCUCGACAUUUCGCACCUUGGUCCAACACCACAUUGUCUUCUUCUCGCACGCACUCACUCGUUUACGCAUACACACACGAACACACAUUCUUACUCUCGCUCUCGUUUACUGUUUCCAUUCUCUCUCUUCUUGCAUUGGUCCAAAUUAUUCUGUUGGGAUUGGUUAGUCGAUCGACCAUUCUUGAUGUCUCUGCCGGCGCGCGGGUUCCUGGGUUGUAACCGUCGCAGCCCAUAAUUUCUCCGUUCCGUCCCACGACGGUGGAUGCCGCUCUCCCUCCUCUCCCUCCUCCCACGCGACCGCUCUCCUCGUACCCCCCCUCCUUUCCCGUACCGGAGGGUGGUCCCCUUCUUGACGUUUUAGUCGCCCGCAUCUUGUCGCGCCGACGAGAUGAUACCACAGGAUCCGACGCAUGCCGGCGAGAGGCGCUCGGACGACUAUGUGCCUAGACGAAGACUUUCCGAGCCGCCGCCCCCGUUCGAGAGCCUGCCCGGCACGCCCACCCUCGGGACUGCCAGCACCCCCCUUCCGAGGCCGAAGACCGGUCUGCUGAACGUCGCGCGCCGGACCCUGGGCAUCUCGCUCUUGCUGCUCACCGUGCUCCUCUGGACGACGUCUAACUUCCUCGCGAGCUACAUAUUCUCCGAUCACACGUACGACAAGCCGUUCUUCCUCGUAUACAUGAACACCUCCGUGUUUGCCCUGUCCAUGAUCCCCAUAUCCAUCAAAUAUGUCCUCCAGAACGGCGGCCUCCGGCGGGUUAAGCACCUCGCGGUGCAGGAGUGGAGGUCCAAGUACCAGGGCAUGGAGAGGCUGAAGACUGAGGACGAGGAGGACCCGGCGGCGGCGGACCGGCUCCUGAUCGACGAUGAGGAUAGCCUCGAUGCGGCCGACCUGCCGAAGCCGGCGGACAAGCUCACCCUCCUCCAGACGGCCCGGUUCAGCCUCGAGUUCUGCAUGAUCUGGUUCCUGGGCAACUAUUUCGCGUCGGCCUGCCUCGAGUACACGAGCGUGGGGAGCGUCACGAUCCUGACGUCGACCAGCAGCGUCUGGACGCUGAUAUUCUGCGCCAUCAUGCGCAUCGAGCGCUUCUCGGUGCGCAAGCUGCUCGGCGUGCUGGCGUCGCUCGCCGGCAUCGUGCUCAUCUCGACGGUCGACCUCUCGGGCGCCGACAACGAGGACAACCGCGGCAACUUCCCCUACAAGAGCCAGCAGCAGAUCGCCAUCGGCGACGCCAUGGCCCUCUUCAGCGCCGUCGUCUACGGCCUCUACGUCGUCGUCAUGAAGGUCCGCAUCGGCAACGAGGACCGCGUCAACAUGCCCCUCUUCUUCGGCCUCGUCGGCAUCUUCAACAUCGUCCUCCUCUGGCCUCUCUUCCCCAUCCUACAUUUCACGGGAAUCGAGCCGUUCGAGUUACCUCCAAAUAGCAAAAUCUGGUGGAUCAUUUCGCUCAACUCGAUAUCCUCCUUCGUAUCCGACAUCUCGUGGGCGUACGCGAUGCUGCUGACGACCCCGCUCGUCGUCACAGUGGGCCUGUCCCUGACGAUCCCGCUAUCGCUGAUCGGCGAGAUGAUCCAGUAUGCGCAGUACUCGAGCUUCGUCUACUGGAUCGGCGCCGCCGUCGUCCUCGUCUCCUUCAUCUUCAUCAACCACGAGAGCCACGAGGAGGAAUCCACGACAGGCGGCAAGGACGACGGCUCCGAUAGCGCGGCGAGAGAGGUGGGAUAACCGGCGGCAGCAGGGCUAUAUAGGGCAAAACCCACUUGAUCUCUCGCCAUCGGUCUACCUUGAAUUUCCGCUCGCGAUUUUGAUUAUUCAUGAUGAUCGUUGUCUAUUUAUUUUUAUCUCUAGAUGGGACUGGUAGGCCGGCGUCACGGGACCUGGGGGUAAACACGUGGGCGGGUGGAUUUGGCGGCUUCUCUCCACCUUGCCAGCGGUGCAUGGACACAGGGGCAGCAUAUCAGUCAGUUAUCAUCAUGGGUUUGCGCGAGUGCCGGUGUCGUGCCGCAUUUAUACAUGUAUAUGUGUACGGGAGAUCCCGAGAAGAGCAAAAAGAGAUGAACGGGUCAGAGAGACUUAAAACUUACGGUAUAUGUAGGCAUAUUUAUAUGUAUAUACCACCUCACCAAGAUACGAAGGCGAAUGUUCUAAGUAGAGGCAGGAAUAUGUGGAUGGAUCUCUGGAUCGACUCGCCAGCAAGGGGGCGAGAAGUACACGUCUAUUCCGAACGGCCCCGUUGCUGUGACGUGCAUGGUUCGGCAGGAAACUGACGGGUCCAACUCGGCCAUCAUAUCUUCUCGUUGCGCCGCGAUCGCCUUGGCGAGAUCUGCUGUCGCCUCCUAUUGAAGGAAAUUGAGAUAUCAUACGCUGC